AGGGGGCGGGGCCUGACGGGAGGGGGCGGGGCGGGCAGCCGCUCGCGCCGCUCCGAGACUGACGGGCGAGCCGGCCCGACGCCCGCCAGCUCGACCGCCCCCUCCAGGGCUGCCCGACGGGUUCGUGCCCCCUCGGCCUGGUGCAGCCUGACGGAGGGGGAGUGGCCGGCUCCGGGCCGGCCGGCGUGCGGGGUGAGGCUGCCGGGGAGGGGUUGGGGGCGCCCGUGGGGCCGAGCAUCCCUGCCCCCGGCCCGCUGGCCCCCGCCCCCCGCCUGCCCCUCGCCUCACGCCUGGCCCCCCUGCCCCGCCGUGACCCCCGGCCGCCUCCGGAGCCCGACGCGGAGGGCAUAGACUUCUCUUGUCUUGGUCGGAUGCACAAAAUCCGGGUGCAGUGCUUUCUGCCCGUUGCCUAGACGAUCACUUGGUUUCUCUGAGGAUGUCUGGUUCUCGUAAAGAGUUUGAUGUGAAGCAGAUUUUGAAAAUCAGAUGGAGGUGGUUUAGCCAUCAAGCAUCAUCUCAUUCUACAGUUGACAGCCAGCAGGGAGAAUUUUGGAAUCAAGGACAGACUGGCGCAAACGGUGGGAGAAAGUUUUUAGAUCCAUGUAGCCUCCAGUUGCCUUUGGCUUCAAUUGGUUACCGAAGGUCCAGCCAACUGGAUUUUCAGAAUUCACCUUCUUGGCCAAUGGCAUCCACCUCUGAAGUCCCUGCGUUUGAGUUCACAGCAGAAGAUUGUGGCGGUGCCCAUUGGCUGGAUAGACCAGAAGUGGAUGAUGGCACUAGUGAAGAAGAAAAUGAAUCUGAUUCCAGUUCGUGCAGAACAUGGAAUUCUGAACUAUGGUGUUGGAAUAAUAAUAAAUAUAGACCAGUCGUCUCUAAUCAUUUGUAUAAUGGAGAGAGGGGCAUAUCUUUACAUAGGACUUCCAACAGUAGUCAGACGUUAUCGUCCUGCCAUACUAUGGAGCCAUGCUCAUCAGAUGAAUUUUUCCAAGCCCUUAAUCAUGCUGAGCAAACAUUUAAAAAGAUGGAAAACUAUUUGAGACAUAAACAGUUGUGUGAUGUAAUUCUAAUUGCUGGUGAUCGCAGAAUUCCAGCUCAUAGAUUGGUGCUCUCCUCUGUCUCAGAUUAUUUUGCUGCCAUGUUUACUAAUGAUGUCAGGGAAGCAAGACAAGAAGAAAUAAAAAUGGAAGGUGUUGAACCGAAUUCACUAUGGUCCUUGAUUCAGUAUGCAUAUACGGGCCGCCUUGAAUUAAAAGAAGAUAAUAUUGAGUGCCUGCUGUCUACAGCUUGCCUCCUUCAGCUUUCACAGGUUGUGGAAGCUUGCUGUAAGUUUUUAAUGAAGCAGCUUCACCCAUCCAACUGUCUUGGAAUCCGUUCUUUUGCCGAUGCCCAGGGUUGUACAGAUUUGCAUAAAGUGGCUCACAAUUACACCAUGGAACAUUUCAUGGAAGUAAUUCGAAACCAGGAAUUUGUAUUAUUACCAGCCAGUGAAAUCGCAAAGCUCUUGGCGAGUGAUGACAUGAACAUUCCUAACGAGGAGACAAUAUUGAAUGCUCUUCUUACUUGGGUCCGUCAUGAUUUGGAACAGAGACGGAAAGAUCUCAGUAAACUUUUGGCUUAUAUUAGGCUACCUCUUCUCGCGCCGCAGUUCCUGGCAGACAUGGAAAAUAAUGCACUUUUUCGGGAUGAUAUAGAAUGUCAGAAACUUAUUAUGGAAGCGAUGAAAUACCAUUUAUUACCAGAGAGACGACCCAUGUUACAAAGCCCUCGGACAAAACCUAGAAAGUCAACAGUUGGAACGUUAUUUGCAGUUGGAGGAAUGGAUUCAACAAAAGGAGCAACAAGCAUUGAGAAGUAUGAUCUUCGUACAAAUAUGUGGACUCCUGUAGCAAAUAUGAAUGGGAGGAGGCUACAGUUUGGUGUCGCUGUGUUAGAUGACAAACUGUACGUGGUUGGAGGAAGAGAUGGACUGAAGACUUUGAACACUGUGGAAUGCUACAAUCCCAAAACAAAAACGUGGAGUGUGAUGCCUCCUAUGUCCACCCACAGGCAUGGCCUUGGUGUGGCUGUAUUGGAAGGUCCCAUGUAUGCCGUAGGCGGACAUGAUGGCUGGAGCUAUCUGAACACAGUGGAAAGAUGGGACCCUCAGGCUCGCCAGUGGAAUUUUGUUGCCACUAUGUCCACCCCCAGAAGCACAGUAGGUGUGGCAGUACUAAGUGGAAAACUUUAUGCAGUUGGUGGUCGUGAUGGAAGUUCUUGCCUCAAAUCAGUAGAAUGUUUUGAUCCUCACACUAAUAAAUGGACACUCUGUGCACAAAUGUCAAAAAGGAGAGGGGGAGUAGGAGUAACUACGUGGAAUGGAUUGCUGUAUGCGAUUGGAGGACACGAUGCCCCUGCAUCCAACUUGACUUCCAGACUCUCAGACUGUGUGGAGAGAUAUGAUCCCAAAACAGAUAUGUGGACUGCAGUGGCAUCUAUGAGCAUCAGCAGAGACGCAGUGGGAGUCUGUUUACUUGGUGAUAAAUUAUAUGCUGUUGGAGGGUAUGAUGGACAGACUUAUCUUAAUACAGUGGAGGCUUAUGAUCCCCAGACAAAUGAGUGGACCCAGGUAUGGCAUUUCAUUUUUCAUUAUUAUACUUCUCUGUUUUUGUUAAAACAAUUCAUUUAAUAAAAAUAAUCUCCAUUUGUCCAAUACCAAAAUAUAUAGCAUAAGCAUGAUAAAGUCAUCUCUUUGAUUAAAUAUAUGAAAACAAGAAGGAAUGUUUAAUUUCAUGAUAUAAUUAAAAUCCAAAGUUACUUUUAAAGAAUAAUACUCAGAGAAAUUAUUAAUAGUUUUGAUCUGCCACCAUUUGCUUACUGGGAACUGAUGAGAUGUUCUAGUAUUGAUAGGCCAGAUAGGACCACAGGAGAGCUGCGGCAGAGGGAGGGGAGAUGGUGGAAAAUAAGAAACAAAGAUAGAAAUCAGAAGAAUGUGAACCACUUAGGCAGACAUAAGAUAUAAUUUUUAAAUACUCAAGCCACUGAUAUUUGGGAGUCGAUGAAAUGUCUGGUCAUCACCUAAUAAAGAUGGCAACCUUAAAUUACAUUAACAAGUAAGAAACUUGACCUGGCAAGCUUAUUAACAAAAGGAAUUCCAGCCAUGUCUAUUUCUGGAGGGGCUAGUACUUCUAAGAAUGAUCUUUUGAGAUCUUUGUUUCCAUCAUUACCGAGAACAGAAUUAGGAAUUUUGUGCCCCAGUUCAGAAUCUGGUACCUGAAAGACCCUCAGAUGUUUAAUUGACCCAAGGUUUUCCUACAUACAAGGAGCAAUGGUAAGUACUGUCAAGAAAACAAAACUUAAAAGAAUCCCCACUGCCACAGAACUUAACGUCUUAAGUAGGUAUAAUCUGGGCAUGUAAGGGGAGAACCCGCAAUGUAGAACAGUUGGUAGCAAGUGCCCCAUGGUGUAGGCAUUGAGUGGUAUAGGACAUCAAAGAGAAAAAAUAAAUUGGUUGUUGAGAAUGCUUUAGUGAGAAGAAGUUGGACUUAAGCUAAGCUUUCAAUUGAUCCAAUGCAAAAUGUAGAAAGAAAUGGGAGAUUGUAUGAGAAAACAUGAAAGAAAUCUCAGUGAAGAAGAAAUACACAAGAUAUACUGAGAAAGCGUGGCUGGUUCUAAGGAUCCAUGCUUAGUAAGAGUAGGACGUCUUUUCCCCCCACCUUUUUUAUUUCACUUCAAUUAAUUAACAUAUACUGUAUUAUUUGUUUUGGAGGCACAGGUCUUUUACUCAUCACUCUUAUAUAAUACCCAGUGCUCAUUACAACACAUACCCUCCCCAGUGUCCAUCACCAGUUACCCCAUCCCUCCACCCCUCUCCACUCCAGCAACCCUCAGUUUGUUUCCUGUGAUUAAGAGUCUCUCAUGGUUUGUCUCCCUCUCUGGUUUCAUCUUAUUUCACUUUUUUCCUCUUGUCCCCUAUGAUCCUCUGCCUUGUUUCUUAAAUUCCACAUAUCUGUGGUGAUGUGAGUGAUAUGGAGAUGUGAUAAUUGUCUUUCUCUGAUUAACUUAUUUCACUUAGCAUAAUACCCUCUAGUUCCAUCCACGUUGUUGCAAAUGGCAAGAUUUCAUUUUUGAUGGCUGUAUGGUAUUCCCUUAUCUAUAUAUACAUCUUCUCUAUCCAUUCAUCUGUGGAUGGACAUCUAGGCUCUUUCUGUAGUUUGGCUGUUGUGGACAUUCUUAUUGGAGGGCAAGGUUGGGGUCAGGAUAGAAGUUGGCAAAGGCCAUGCUUCAAGAGUUUGGUAGUAGGAAGCUGGUGGAGACUUAACCAGGAGAGUAAUACAGUAACAGAAAUUUGAUGUGGUGGUUGGGGACAGGUUAAGAUGGGUUAGGGGCAAGGGAAGCAAAGGCUGGAUGAAAAUAAAACAUAUAGAAGGCUGCUUCACUUUAAGGCUUGAGGUGUCAACUUUAGAAAUGGAUUCAAGAGAUAUUACCAAGUCCUAUCUGUUCUUUCUUUCUACACUUGCAGGGUUGAAUUAAAGAUUUAACUUCUGAAGAAAAUAGCAAAUGAAUGACCAGAGGGUGUCUUAGAUAAGAUAAUGAGGUAGAGCAUUAGAAAGAGGAGACAGGCUUUCAACAGGAUAAGGAUGAAUGAAGAUAAUGUAUCAUUCAUGAAGUUGUAAGAACCUUUGAGAAUGUGAUAGAAGCAAAAGAUACUCACAGUGUAAAAAGUAAAGAGAAAAAUUAGUAAAUGCAGGAGCUAGAGGAGCAUACAGUUUUCAAAUGAUGAUAAUAGAAAGUUAACAUUUAUUGAACACAUUUUAUGUACCAGGUUCUACUGGAUGAGGAAUCUGAGACAGAGAGAGGUUAAAUAGUUGACCCAAGCCACACAGUAAAUCAAUGGGAGUUAGAAUUUGAGCCAUAGGUCUUUUUCACAAUAAAGGUAAAUAUAACAGAGUAGAGAUUCCAGAUGCUAGAAAAAGCAACAUUGAAGGGCAAGAAAGAAGGGCAGGAUACAGAACUGAAAGCAAAGACUGGUCCUCUGCAGACUGGAGGAAAGAUCUCUUCCAAGGCUGGGAAAGAGGAUGAGAAUAUGAUUGUAGAAAGGGGCAGGGAAUUUUUAAAUGCAGAGGAUAGACUAUAAAAAAAGGACUUAGACUAUAAAAAAAGGACUUGAUCUUGUUUCUUAAAUUUAAGUGUGGUCACUGGGUGAAGGGAAGUAUAGAUCAUUUGAGAGCUUGAAUCAGUACUGCAGAAUUUCACUAGAAAUUACGUGAUUUGGGCACCUAAGUAGCUCAAUGGAUUAAGCAUCCAGCUCUUGAUUUGAGCUCAGGUCAUGAUCUCGGGGUCAUGAGAAUGAGCCCCACGUCGGAGUCCAUGAUCGGCCGGAAGUCUGCUAGAGAUUUUUUCUCUCUCUUCAUCUCCCUCUGCAUCCCCUUCUCUAAAAUAAAUUAAUUUAAAAAAAAGAAAUUAUGUGAUUAUUUACUAUUAGCCUCUCACUGUGGCAACAUGAAUGAUAACCAAGGAGCACAGAAAGAGAUGUAAGAAUCUCUUUUUCCAAGGUGUAUUUUAUUUACAAGCUUAGGCAUAGUUAUAAGAAAUCGUUUGGCCAGUAUUUGAAACUUGUUAUUACAGGUAAUUAAUGCUUUAUGCUGAAUUACUAUCAAAAUUAAUUACCUGUGACCACAUAGCUAUUUUGUUUGCAUGUCCCCUCUAUUACUAUUUUUAAGCACCUGAAUUUGAACUUACAACUGUAGAAUAUGAAAAAUAAAUGUUUUCCAUUCAGCGUUCCAACAAAUGGGCAAGGGGACAUUUGUCCAGGGAAUGAAAUGAGGUUAUAAAGUCUGAAGCCAUCACCCACGCUGCUACCCACCUUAAUCCAAAGCAGGAGUGAGCCCAUUGUAUUUAGUAAAUACUCUAAGCUGAACUUUCUAGCUGGUUGUUAGGGAACAUCAACUCUUUACAGUGUAAAGACUUCAGGUCUUUGGUGUUUGGAGAAAGGCUGGUCAUUACAAACAGUCAUUUUGAUUGAAAUGACUUAGAGUUUACUCCUAGAACACUCUAAGUAGAGAUGGUUUUAAAAUGGGUGAUUUGGGGCACCUGGGUGGCUCAGUGGGUUAGAGCCUCUGCCUUCAGCUCAGGUCAUGAUCCCGGAGUCCUGGGAUCGAGCCCCACAUCGGGCUCUCUGCUCAGCAGGGAGCCUGCUUCCUCCUCUCUCUCUGCCUGCCUCUCUGCCUACUUGUGAUCUCUGUCUGUCAAAUAAAUAAAUAAAAUCUUAAAAAAAAAAGAGAGAGAGAGAGGUAUUUCUCUUUAAAAAAAAUUAAUAAAGUGGGUGAUUUGAUUGUUCAAGGAGAUAGAAUAGGGAUCAAAACACCUGAUUCAGAUAGAGAAUGACUGAGAAGUCUCCGUUGAAGUCUGGUAUGUUUUUAAGAUCCAGUCCCUGGUCUGGAAAGGUUGGGAGAGAGGCCAACCCGACCAAGGAGCCAUUUUGAUAUCAUGUAUUUGACAAUAACACUGUAUUACAUACCCCCGCAUACAUACGUACAAGUUUUCUCAGUACUUUGUAUCAGUCCCCCCUUCUCUAAAUACUGCCAUUUUAAGUCUUAGGGCUUAACUCUGCUCAAAUUAAUCCUUUAAAAGCUAUCCUUGUCCACACUUGUAGUUUUGCACUCUGAAUUGCUUGGUGUCUGGAGUGCUCAAAAAGAAGGGGAAAGUG